AAGCGUAAAUCACUCGAGCACCAGUCUGGUUCUCGUUCAUCUGCAGGACUACAGGGAACAGGGCUACUGAUCUAGACCGAAUCAGGGGUCAGAGCAGAAACUAUUUUUCCAGGAAUAAGGGUGGAACAAUUUAACUGGAUUUGCGACAUAAAAAAAAAAAUCCACAAUGUGUACUUGGAUAAGAAUCAUAUUCAGUUUACAGUUCAUUUUACAACUCUUUGAUACAGUGAAAACACAAGGAAUUGUUUAUGAUCUUCUGGUGUCACCGGAUUGCUUACCUGACCUUCUGCAAGGAGGAAUACAGGCAAAGAACAUGGACAACGUUUUUAUCCUUGCAAGCCUGCAGCUGCAGAACAAAGCUCCAACUCGGGUCUUCCGCAUCUUUAAUGCCCUAGACCACACAGACUAUUUUGAUUUCACCGUUCAGGGGAAAUUAAACAAAGUCGUUUUGAAAUAUCUGAAAAGCAAUGGAAAGGUUGGAUCAACCAUUUUCGGUAAAGUGCCACUGACAGAUGGUCAACAACACCAUAUACUGCUCCACUUCAGCGGGCUGCAGCAGGGCAUCCCCACCACGACCCUCUAUGUGGACUGCAGGCUGGUGGACAGAGUGCAGGACGUGCCGCUGGCCUUCAAAUCACUGCCGCAGGGCCCAAAACGAGUCACGCUCAAGACCCUGCCAACCUCAUCCCAGGACAAGUUGACAGACCUCAAACUGGUGCUUGAUGAGUCUAUUGAUAACGUGGUAGAGCUUCAGGACUGCAAUGCUCCAGAGCACGGUGAAAAGAGCGAAACACUGCAGCUACUAGGAACAACUUCAAAAAUGGAAGCUGGCCCAAUGUUUGAGCUCAUGCGAAUGAUCCAAGAGUUGAAACAGAAGGUCGAUCAGCAGACCAAAGAAACCGCUGACUUGAGAAGGACUAUCAUGGAGUGUGUUCAAUGCAAAGAUGCGUCUGGACGGGACAAAGCAGAAGCACAUAAAAAGCAGUCCAAGUGCAGGCCAGGGGUCUGUUUUAAGCCGGACAUGUGUAACGAAACAACUGAAGGUGUGGAAUGUGCACGCUGUCCUGAGGGCUACACUGGAGAUGGUCUCCAAUGUGAUGAUGUAGAUGAGUGCCAGUUCAAGCCAUGUUUCUCUGGUGUCCGGUGUAUUAACACUGCACCAGGGUUCAGAUGUGACAAGUGUCCCCGAGGCUUCAUUGGUCCAGAGAUCCAGGGUGUGGGCGUUCACUAUGCCCAGACAAACAAACAAAUAUGUAAUGAUGUUGAUGAGUGCCAGAUAGAUAACGGUGGCUGCACACCCAAUUCAUACUGCCACAACACAAUGGGUGCGUUUCACUGUGGGAUGUGCAAGACUGGAUUCACGGGUGACCAAUAUAGUGGCUGCAUAAGUACUGGCCUGGACCCUGCUCCUCUAACUGACAGGAAGUGUGGGAACGGCCAGCCAAAUCCAUGUGACAUCAACGCAGAGUGUGUUGUGGAGAGAGACGGGAGCAUCAGCUGUGUGUGCCAAAUUGGCUGGGCAGGAAAUGGCUAUGUGUGUGGAAAGGACACAGACAUCGAUGCUUAUCCGGAUAAGAAACUUCAGUGCAGAGAUGGAACCUGCAAGAAGGAUAACUGCAUUUUUGUUCCAAACUCGGGCCAAGAAGAUGCAGACAGAGAUGGGAAGGGAGAUGCCUGUGAUGAGGACGCAGACAGUGAUGGUAUCUUCAAUGAACAGGACAACUGCUGGUUGGUUCCUAAUAUAGACCAGAUCAACAGUGAUAAAGAUCUCCAUGGUGAUGCUUGUGAUAAUUGCAUAAACGUAGAGAACCCGGACCAGCGGGACACAGACAAAGAUGGACUGGGAGAUGCCUGUGAUGAUGACAUAGACGGGGAUGGUUUGAAGAACAUCCUGGAUAACUGUCAGAGGGUUCCCAACCCUGACCAGAAGGACAAAGAUAAUGACGGGGUUGGGGAUGCAUGUGACAGCUGCCCUGAGGUGCCAAACCCCAACCAGUCUGAUGUCGACAAUGAUCUUGUUGGAGAUACUUGUGACACAAACAUUGACAGUGAUGGAGAUGGUCAUCAGAACACCAAAGACAACUGCCCCACCAUCAUCAACAGUGCACAGCUGGACACUGACAAGGACGGACUUGGAGACGAGUGUGAUGAUGAUGAUGAUAAUGAUGGCAUUACGGAUGAUAAAGAUAAUUGUAGACUGGUGCCAAACCCAGACCAAAAGGAUGAAAACAAUGAUGGGGUGGGUGAUGACUGUGUUGGAGACUUUGACAAAGAUCAUGUGAUAGACAGAAUCGACACCUGCCCUGAGAAUGCAGAGAUCACUCUGACUGACUUCAGAGCCUAUCAAACCGUGGUUCUGGAUCCAGAGGGAGAGGCUCAGAUCGACCCCAACUGGGUUGUUCUUAAUCAGGGAAUGGAGAUUGUCCAAACCAUGAAUAGUGACCCAGGACUAGCUGUUGGGUACACAGCAUUCAGUGGUGUGGACUUUGAGGGCACCUUCCACGUGAAUACAGUGACCGAUGAUGACUAUGCAGGCUUCAUCUUCGGCUACCAGGAUUCCUCAAGCUUCUAUGUGGUGAUGUGGAAGCAGACGGAGCAGACGUACUGGCAGGCCGUGCCCUUCAGAGCCGUGGCUGAGCCUGGCAUUCAGCUUAAGGCUGUGAAGUCUAAAACCGGGCCAGGGGAGUUCCUGAGGAAUUCUCUGUGGCACACUGGAGACACAAAUGAUCAAGUGCGCUUGCUGUGGAAAGACACUCGUAAUGUGGGCUGGAAGGACAAGGUGUCCUAUCGCUGGAAUCUGAAGCACAGACCCCAAGUGGGAUACAUCAGAGUAAAGUUCUAUGAGGGUACCGACUUGGUUGCAGACUCUGGAGUUGUUAUUGACACCAGUAUGAGAGGAGGCCGUCUUGGAGUGUUCUGCUUUUCACAGGAAAACAUCAUCUGGUCCAAUCUGAGAUACCGCUGUAAUGACACAAUCCCGGAAGACUAUACAGAACAAGGCCAUCAGUAAUGAAACGAAGAUGAAAUGAAAUGAAACUGGAGAGCACUACUAGUGAGGUGACUGAUGUUUUGGGUACUCCUAUUUCCCGUAAAACACAGACCAUUUACUGACUUUUACAUUCAAGAUGAAUCCAGGUUUAUAUUUGAAUAUAGCUGAAUUUACACUUCUGUAAUGUUCACUGCGCAAAAAUGCAGUUCACCAGGAAAGAGCAAAGCCUGUGUGCUACUAAACACUCACUAAAUGUUUUAAUAUUAAUAAACUGAAUAAAUAAGUUUAAAUUGAAAAAAGUUUUGUGCUCGGACUUGUCAGAGAAUGUCGUAGACUUCUAAUCUUAAAGUUAUAGUUUAAACGAUGAUUUAAACAUAAGACAACCCAAAAAUCUGCGUUGCUCGAAAAAAUAUAUACAAAUUUAGAAAAACUUUAAUUAAAUAAAAAAGUUUGUGGUCAGUAUAAAUGUUUUCAGCAUUCCCAUCAUAGGAAUAAAUUACAUCUUAAUAUACAUUUAAAAAGAAAAGAUCAUUUCAAAUUUGAUUGAAUACAUUUCUUGCUGAGCAAAAGAGACUUCUUUCAAAAACU